AUUCAUUCAGCCGCCCACACAACUUCAAAGAAAGUAUGAGCAACAAUCCACGGGAACCGACAGUCCGGAGCUGUGCACGCCGGACACCACGCCGCCCGUGGUAACACCGGAUCUCAGCCCCGUGCUGAGCGUGCCCACCUCGCCCCCCCGCAGCCCGUCCAGGCACGCCCACCGCCCCAGAAACGCCUGCUUCAUGCGGCAGACCGCCGUGGACGAUCAGGGCGGCGCCGAGAUCCAGGUGCUGGUGGAGGGGCGGGGCGUGGACGUGCCGAGGGGCGGGGCUAACAACUGGACCGGCGACACGUAUCCCGAGCGCGGGGGCGGCAGCCGCUCCGCCACACCCUCCCUCCUCGAGGAGCAGGAGGGGCAGAUUAACGGCCACGAGCAGGCCCCUUUGUCCAACCACAGGCCCCGGGAGAAAUCCUCGUCCAAUCACAAGUCCCGGGAGCACGCCUCCUCCUACAGAGCGUGGGAGCACUCCCUCGCCAACCAAAAGCUCCCCAAGCAAGCCUCUUCCAGUCACAAGUCGAGGGAGUACUCGUCCUCCAAUCACAAGACAUGGGAUCAUUCUUCCACCAAUCACAAGGCCUCUUCCAACUACAAGCCGCAGGUGCACACUUUGUCCAAUCACAAGGCCUUGGAACAUAAUACGUCCAAUCACGAGACUUCUGAGCAUGCUUCUUCCAACCACAAGCCACAAGAUUAUAUCUCCUCCAAUCACAAUGCAAAGGACCACGUCGCGUCCAGCUACAACCACCGACAGCACAACCCCUCCAACCCCAAGGCUCACGAGCACGCCCUAAUGGACCAGAGGCCGGACGGCGUUCCCGGGGGCUGGACCGCCGAGAGCACCCUCAGGUGGAGCCCCGCCCACUCGCGCCUCACGGAGCAGGAUGAGGAGAGGAUGAAUGACUACACGGUCGACAUGAGGCUGCAGUGUCCGGACUCGCAGGCGUCUCGGGGGCUGGGUCCGGAGUGCCCGCCCCCCAAGAACAACCGGGUGCGAGCCCGGGCCCUCCGGCCCGUCAGAGAGGGAUCCAUGGACUCUGUGCAGAUGCUGGACAACCUGAAUGUGGGGGCGGAGCUGGAGGAGUGGCCUCUGCACAGGGACCUCACCUUGUCCCCGCCCCUCAAGUCUCAGCCCAUCACUCUGGAGCAGGACGGGGAGCUUCUCGCCCUCAAAUCAAACUCAGGCUCCAGCUCUGUCCUGGUGGUUAUGGUCAUUCUACUCAACAUCGGAGUAGCCAUUCUGUUCAUUCACUUCUUUAUUUAAGCUUAUACAGGUAUGAUCUACUAAGACUUAUUGAUAACUACAGUAUAUUAUAUAUUAUUACUUACUGAGACGGACAUUCUGCCUUUUGGAGCCCAUCGGAGAAACUUUCUACUGUUGAAGCCCCCCCCCCCCCCCCGAUGCUAUACGCUUUUCCAGCUUUGCGAACAUAGAAACGAAAACAUUUAAGUGAAGAAGAGUUUGCAGCGUUGAACCUGGCGUCUCGGCUCAGUUUCUCAUCAUUCUAGACGAGGAAAUAAAGCCACGCCCGUUUUCUUGUGACAUGGAAACAU